AGGAUCAAUCACAGCCGUCGAUCUUUGUCUCCAUUUAGUUUCGCUAUCGAGGGUUUAUAUCUGCAGCUCCGUUGUAUCCCUCUGUUCCGCCCUCAUUCAUCCUCUCUGUUUAUGUGACCGGGCUUUCAACAAUGGUUUUUGUAAAGGCUCAGAAAUCAAAAGCAUACUUUAAGCGUUAUCAAGUCAAGUAUAAGAGAAGGAGAGAGGGAAAGACGGACUACCGGGCCAGAAUUCGCCUCAUUAAUCAGGACAAGAACAAGUAUAACACUCCAAAAUAUCGCUUCGUUGUUCGAUUUACAAACAAGGACGUUACUGCACAAAUAAUAUCAGCUAGUAUUGCUGGUGAUAUGGUUCUUGCUGCUGCUUAUUCUCACGAGCUGCCUCGCUAUGGGCUUGAAGUGGGCCUCACAAACUAUGCCGCAGCUUAUUGCACUGGGCUGCUCCUUGCUCGUCGUGUCUUGAAAAUGCUUGAGAUGGAUGAAGAAUAUGAGGGCAAUGUUGAGGCUACCGGGGAGGAUUUCUCUGUUGAGCCAGCUGAGACCAGGAGACCUUUCCGUGCUCUUCUUGAUUGUGGGCUUUUAAGGACCACCACUGGAAACCGUGUCUUUGGUGCUCUUAAGGGAGCACUUGAUGGUGGGUUGGAUAUUCCUCACAGUGACAAGAGGUUUGCUGGGUUUUCAAAGGACGAUAAGCAGCUUGAUGCCGAGGUUCACCGCAAGUAUAUCUAUGGUGGCCAUGUUGCUGCAUACAUGAGGACUUUGAUGGAGGAUGAGCCAGAGAAGUAUCAAUCUCAUUUCAGUGAGUAUAUCAAGAAGGGAGUUGAGGCUGACAAUGUGGAGGAGAUGUACAAGAAGGUCCAUGCAGCUAUUCGUGCUGACCCCACCGCGAAGAAGACUGAGAAGCAGCAGCCUAAGGAGCACAAGAGAUACAACUUGAAGAAGCUUACAUAUGAGGAAAGGAAGACCAAGUUGAUUGAACGAUUGCAAGCCCUAAACUCAGCGGCUGAAGCUGAUGAUGAUGACGAGUGAAACUGGUUGGCCGUGACUAAGAUAACCUCGUUUGCUGUCUAGCUGGAAACCACUUAGGCAUCUGCAGUUUCGUUUUAUGUUGACAUUUUUGCAAUUGAGAGAGUUAUUCUUUAGAUUGUAAGAAGGUUUUGGAGUUUCACUUGAUAUCAAAUGAAGUUUCAGUUUUGACUGCAAUUCAUGUUGAUGUUUCAUCUAAUGAUGGGUUACCUGGAAUUAUUUGGAAUUUAUUUUAUGAAUUUUCUUUCAAAGUUA